AUCUGCACCAGAGCUUGUGUCCACCGCUGUCGUCUGCGCUGGCCAAUUUCUCGCCUUUCACCGGAAUUUCCUCAGCCUAGAUAACAACGACGAUGAAGCCUACUCUGAGACUUCGGAACGCCUCUUUGGCAGCGGCCCACAAGGCUCUGAAGCCCUCAGCAGCGCUCCUAGAGCGUGUUCGACGACCCGCGUUUUUGAACAAGCUCGCGAAACCGGAGGAUCUCGCACCUUUGUUCAGGAACGAUGACUAUAUUGGCUGGUCAGGUUUCACAGGCGUCGGAUAUCCCAAGAUGACGCCCACGGCCAUCGCCGACCACAUCGAAGCCAACAACCUCCAAGCCGACCCUCAAACCAAGAAGAGGUUCAACCUGUUCGUCGGUGCCAGCUGCGGUCCUGAAGUUGAGGACAGAUGGGCCCGCCUCGACAUGAUCGCCCGCCGUUAUCCUCAUCAAGUCGGGAAAGAUAUUGCGAAGGGAAUCAACGCAGGUCGGAUCGCUUUUGCUGAUAAGCACCUUUCCAUGUUCCCUCAGGAUCUCGUCUACGGUUACUACUCUCUUAACAAGAAGCACGGCGACCCAACCAAACCUCUCGACUGGGCCAUCGUCGAAGCCACUGCUAUCACUGAGGAAGGUCAUAUCGUCCCUGGCGCCUCGGUUGGCGCAACGCCUGAAAUCCUUCAAUGCGCUGAGAAGAUCAUCGUCGAGGUCAACACCCGCACGCCCAACCUUGAAGGCUUGCACGAUAUCAACCAGUCAUUCGUUCCUCCCAAUCGACUGCCAUAUCUCAUCACCGAACCCAAAGAUCGAAUUGGCGUAACAGCCAUCCCUGUCGACCCAGAUCGUAUCAUCGCUGUUGUCGAGUCCGACAGACCAGACAACACCGGCCCCAACGCCCCAGAGACGGACGAAUCUCGGGCCAUCGCGGCACACCUUAUCGAAUUCCUCUCAGACGAAGUCAAGGCGGGCCGCCUUCCCAAGUCACUGUUGCCCCUGCAAUCCGGAAUCGGCAACGUCGCCAACUCAAUCAUCGGCGGUCUCGCUGAUGGUCCCUUCGACCAAGUGCAGGUCUGGACUGAAGUGUUGCAAGAUACCUUCAUCCGAUUCUUCGACUCUGGCAAGCUCUCCUUCGCCACUGCUACCAGCAUCCGAUUCUCGCCCGAGGGCUUUGAUCACUUCUAUUCCAACUGGGCCAACUACAAGGAUCGUCUGCUUCUUCGAUCCCAGCAGGUCGCCAACUCUCCCGAGAUCAUCCGUCGCCUGGGUGUUAUCGCCAUGAACACUCCUCUCGAAGUCGACAUUUACGCCCAUGCCAACUCCACCAACGCUCUUGGCUCAAGAAUGUUGAACGGCCUCGGUGGUUCCGCGGAUUUCCUGCGAAACGCCAAACUCUCGAUCAUGCACACUCCCUCUGCUCGCCCUACCAAAUCUGAUCCUACCGGUAUCAGCUGCAUCGUUCCCUUCGCUUCGCAUAUUGACCAAACCGAGCACGACUUGGACGUGAUUGUGACUGAGCAGGGUCUUGCUGAUCUCCGUGGCUUGUCACCAAGAGAGAGGGCCCCCGUCAUCAUCGAGAAGUGCGCUCAUCCUGAUUACAAGGACAUGCUCAAGGACUACUACGACCGAGCUUUGUUCGAGUGCUUGAAGCGAGGUGCCGGUCACGAGCCCCACAUGCUCAGGAAUGCUUUCAAGUUCCACACCAACCUGAUGGAGAAGGACUCCAUGAAGGUCGAUAAGUGGGAUUAAAACAAGAUGGGAGAAUGAUAUUAUCUUAGACGAUUGUUGUAUAAUACAUGUAAUGCUAGAGGUGAAAUCGUCGUACAUUAU